AUGUCUGCUCUACGGGGGGAAGCCCCCGCAUCUCCAGGCACAAAGCCCGCAAACGGCUGGGGAGAGCUGUUUGCCAGAGUCAGCACUCUGGAAGAGGGCCCCCCUGCCCUCCUUUCCCGAAUUCAUGCCGCCGCCUUCUCGGCGCGUUCCGCAAUGUUCGGCUUCGGGGGCGUCCAGCACGAGCAGCUGGGAGCGGCGGCUGCAGCAGCGGCUGCAGCAGCGGCGGGAGCUAAGGCCUAUGCGUUCGACCACAGCGAAGCCUUAUUGCCAGCACCAGCUCCGGCUGCCUCUUUCGGAGCCAGGGAUGGGCUUGCUGCGUCUCUCGCAAGGUACACCCGCGAGUGCAGGCGCUUGCGUUCCCAGGGCCUCAUGACUGAUGGCGUGGCUUUGAGCGAAGCUCCUGGUGGUGGCGCUGCUGCGGGGGGGAAAGCUGGAUCCUCUUUCUCCCAGCAGAUUCAGCAGCAGGAGUGGCUUGUGGGUCUAGAAGGCAGCAACAGCGGAGUCGAUGUAGCGGCGUUCAGGGGUCUCCGCCGUUUGUAUCAAAAUGUUGCUGCCGAGGCACGCAGCGCUGCGGAGGCCUCUCAGCAGCAGCUCUUCGCUGCAAUCGACAUGGAGAGGGAUCUCAAGUGCUGGGCAACAACAAAGGCAGCGCUGAUGCAGCAGCUUGCGCUGCCGUCCACUGCAGCCGACUCCCUCGCCUCGGGGGGGGGGGGAUCGACGCUCCCGCGGCUUCCCAGCACGGCGACAAGGCCUCAAGGCUUCUCCUCCCCCCCGCAAACUUUGCAGCCGCAUCCGCUCCUCACAGAGCCUGAGCAGCGAAUAUUGCAUGCGCUGCCUGCUGCCCUUGGACAGCUGCAACGGCAGGAACGGGAGGGCUGGGAGCUGGGCUUAGCUGUGCAGCAGCUGCCUGCAGCAGCGGCUGCUGCAGCAGCGGCUGCUGCAGUAGAACUAGAGCUCCCCUCCGCAGCGGCUGCACAUCUUGGGGCAGGGGCCUUCCUGCCUCCAGGCUACUGCAGCUUUGCUGCUGCUGCCUCCGCUGCCAUUGCUGCCGCAGCAGCUGACCCUUCGGCUGCAGCGCAGCAACAGCAGCAACCGCACCACAAGGAGGAAUCUGCGUGGAUCCGCGAUUUCGGAGAGUAUCCGCCAAUGCUGCCGUUUGUGUGUCGCCAGUUGGUGGUCCUGUUGCAGCAGACCUCCUUGCAAGCCGUGCAGCGCAACUGCGAGGAUAAGGAAGGCCAAAGAGCGGCAGACGCACUUCGCGCGCUUGUUGCGGCUCUCCCGGAUGCCGCUGCUCUAUCCCCUGCAGCUACGACAGCGAGGGGCUGGAGCGACUGUUGCGUUCUGCAUCCCCCGCAGCAGCAGCUUCAAGGCGAAGGGGGGGUGCAGCAAGACAAUGCUCAGCGGACGGAUCCGCAUUUGCUGCUGAUGCUGUCGCUCCUGCGUCCAGACAUCUGGCCUCCCCUGAAACUCUCCGAGACACUGCAGCAAGUCACUCAAGAGGACUUCCUACACUACAGGCUUCUGCUGCUCCUGGUGCAGGAGAAGCAACAGAGCUCCCAGUCGGAGGCGCACCUGUUGCGUGGCCUCCGCGCGUUAGUCAGCAAAGUCAAGUUGCAGGGGCCCCUCUUUUUCGAUCCGCAGCAGCAGCAGCUGCUGCUGCAAACCGGCGCAGUCUCGGCAGCAGCCGAUGGAGGCAUGCAGCAGCAGCAGGAGGGGGCCUGGGCAGAUCCUCAGCGCCGUAUUUCAGCUUCUCUCCACCGCGUAGCCAUGGUGCUGUUGCUGCUGUGCAAUAAAUUUGGGUGCUUCGAGUCUGCUGCUCUGCUGCACCUGUCCUCCGACGCGCUGCAUGAGGCGGCAGAAGCCGCUUGCGGAGCAGCUGCACUCCACCGAGGCGGCUUUGUUGCCGAGUCUCUUGGUCAGGGGGCAGCAACGGGGGGCAGCCUCUGGGGGGACGAAGUCUGGGCUUUAGAGAGGCAGGAACGCGGAUCUCCCUCCGAAGGAAGCGUCGCUGAGUUUCUGGCGCAGGAUCUGGCGGCUAGCAUCAACAGCACCUUCGGCUGUACAGACAGCUCCUCUGCACACGUAGCGGGCCGCCUUGUAUUCGCGGCAGAACCCCCUGCCGGAUUUGCGAGUGGCGAGCUUGACGGCGUGCGAUCCCGGCUGAAGGCUGUGCUGCUCUCUGCUAUGGACGAGGGUUUGAAGGGCACUGAUCCGUUGGCGAAGCUCGUAACUCUCAGUCAACUGCCUUUGUUCUGGUCCGUUCCGUUGCUGCCCGCCGUCCUGAGGGACGCCUUUGGAGCCAUUACCAAGCCAGGAGUCUUACUGGAAGACUCAGAUGCGACUGAAGGAGACUUACCUCCCGGGUUGCUCGAAGCGCUCUUGCUGAGGCUCGACGAAGAGGAGAUAUUCGCAGCGCAGUCGCCGCCUCAUGUGGAACCGAAUCAUCAGCGUCUAGAGCUACGAGCGUUCUUCCUGAGGGCCUUUAAUGUCUUGAAGGUGUGCUGCUACCCUCCUUCCUUCCCUCUCCCCUGUGCACCGCAGCCGCAGUGUGCAUCCCAGUGCAUAGGCGGGAGAGAGGGAUUCGAGAAAUAUGGCCUUCCGAGGGCUGUAGAUACUGUGAGAUUCGAGUUUAGGGUUGGAAUGAGUAUGUGCGCAGAGGAGCAGCGCAAGAGUUCCUCGGCGGUUGGAUGUGCUCGCUGCCCUGUCUUGCCUUGGUGGCACUCCGGGAUUGUUCAGACUGCUACCAGACAGCCGAGAGGAGAUCGCUGCUUAUUUCGCUGCCUCUCACGACACGCAGCUGGUUGCUGGUAUAUUGGACGCCCUGGUGUUCCUCUUGCAGCAGCUUCUGGCACAAGGGUAUCUGGUAAGGCCCUUCCUGUUUUUGAGGCACGCCUCUGCUCACUAACAGGUGGAGCUGAUAGCUUAGCUUGGGGUUUGCAGAAUGAGCAGUGCCUUACUAGUGCUCACAUCGAACCUGUAGUUAUAGACGUCGCCGUUUUAGAGGGUAAUUUAGAAACGUGCGGAUCAGCGGUAAUGCAGGGAUAA